GCCGAGGGGUAGCGCCACGUUUCACCAACGCCUCCUCUCACCCUAUUGUUUUCAAUGUGGACUGGUUUGAAGGAGUUACGAGCGUUACCAGGCCAAGUCUCUCUCGUUUCGAUGGUGUGCGCAGUUCAAAUGGUACACAGUUUGAAAACGUUACGAGGUUGUAUUGCGCGUUGUCCUGCUGCGUGAGCGUCUGCGCCCGAAUUCGGCCGAUGGCUCGUAACAGCGACCUCGGCGAUGAGUGCGAGCCACUACUAGCGACCAGUGACCGCCAAAUUUACUGUGCAUCCAACACGUGCUGCGCCAACGGCUCCGGCAGUUAUGCAGAAGGCCUGCACUUUUAUCGGUUCCCCGAGGAUGUCACGCGCUGUAGGAAGUGGGUAGAAAACUGCGGAAAUGAUACGUUAUCCGGUAGACCUGUGACAGAGUUGCACCGCAAUACCUAUCUGUGCCGAGCGCAUUUCGACGCGACCCAGUUCGAAACGCGCGAUGGGUCCCGCCGUUUGAGACCCGACGCUGUGCCGACCGUCUUUACGCCCGUCAAUUUCCAACACUUGGAGAUGGACCACGACUACUUGAGCGCGUCGCCACGUGUCGUCCCGCAGCCGUCACAAGCUGAGUUGCCCACGUCGCUAAGGGUUCUGCCGCGGGAAGUUGCCUCAAGCGAAGCUUCGUCUCAAGCAGGGCUGCAAAUAUCAGCCGCGGGUUCUGAGCCAGUUGAGAGCAUAACCUCGAACAACGGCCUGCCUGGAACGGACAAUGCAAGUACCAUCGAGCCGUCGCCGACAGCUGCGACGCUAGCUAAGCCCCGCGCAGCAGGGGCGGCCACGCCGCAGAAGGUUUCCGCCGGCACCCCUCACAGAAGACAACAAACGGCUCAUGUGCAGCGGAAACAACAAUCGGUGCUGUUCCGGCGCGUUGCGCCACCUGCCAAGGAAACUCCGCUACAGAAGUACAUGCUACUUUGUGCAGAAUUUAAAACUGAGCUGAAGCUGGUGGAAAAACGCAAAGAAACACUGGAGAGACUGUUUACCGGCGUGCAGGAGCUGUUGUUUCAAGAAGCCGAACUGCUGAAUACAGAGGAUACUGCAAUUUUAGCGGGAUCUCUUGUUAAGUUUCAACAGGAGCGUUACUGCCGAAGGCCGGACGGUGCGGCCGAAAAAGUACUGUGCUCACUGUGGUCGAGAUAUCAGAAAAAGCAACCGCAAAAGGUGCAGCAGCGACCAUUUGCCCAAGUUGCUGUCUUCGUCAUGGCGGAGUCCCAGCCGGGGCGAGUCAUUCUUGGAAGGCGGAAGAGCCUUCUCGGUGGAGGCCUGUACCAGGUUCCUUGCGGAGAGAUUGAGUUUGGAGAAACGUGGGAAGAGGCAGCAUGUCGAGAAGUUUUCGAAAGCACGGCAAUGUACGUUAGCAAUGUGUCAGUGUGCUCUGUUGUAGACACUGUAGAGGAGGCUGCGGGCUAUCAUGCGGUGACGGUGUUCAUGAGAGGCACUGUAGGUAGUAGCUUGGUGGCACCAGAGCCAGAAGCAAUGCAACCUGACCUAUGUGACUGUUGGCACUGGAGGCAGUGGGAAGAGUUGCCAAGCUUGAAUGAGCUGCACUGGCCUCUUAGGGACUAUAAAGCUGAAGGCUUGCAACCGUUUCCCUAAUGUCAUUUGCUGUACGUUCGCGAUGUUUUUCCGUAUUGUUGGUUCGCAUUUAACUACUGCAUUAUUCUAAGCCCAUGUGUUUGUGUGUGUCUGUGUGUGUGUGGAUAACCAGUGUAAAAAUGGGAAAAUAUAAAUUCUCAAGCAUACAGUUGUAAACAA